AUGCACUGGCAAAAAUCUUCUGGCCCAGACCAGCAGCCACAGCCUCGCCCCUACCAAGGUGUCCGAGUGAAGGAGCCAGUGAAGGAGCUGCUGAAGAGGAAAAGGGGGAAUGUCCAUAAUUCCAAUGCAGCUGCAGCUACAACGGUUGUUUUGUCCCAUCAGCUAGUCCCUUCCUACUCCCCCAUGGGCCAGCCUUGCAUUGAUGUGGACACUGCUGGCCCUGCUGUGCCUGGCCCAGAGGAAGGAGCUCUGGCCUCUGGGUGGCUUCCCCAGCCCUCUCCCAGUUCCCUGCAGCCCCUGGCUCAGUGGAGCCCUUACCCUGACUACGUGUCCCACGAGGCUGGCAGCUGUCCCUACACUGCAGACAUGUAUGUCCAGCCCGUGUGUCCCAGCUACACCCUGGUGGGACCCUCCUCCGUCCUCACUUACACCUCCCAGCCUCUCAUCACCAAUUUUGCACCCCGCAGCACCACCCCGGCCAUGGUGCCACCUCUGGAGGUGACGGAGCCGCAGCCGCCCCUGCCGUACUUCCCAUGGGCACAGCCCCUGUCUGCCCUGCCAGCCUCCACCCUGCAGUACCCUGCAGCCUCCUCCUCGUUCCCUGGGCCCCAGCUGGUGCCCGUGCCCAUCUCCAUCCCCGAGCCAGCCCCCCAGGAGCUGGAGGAUGCCCGGAGAGCCAUCGGUGCCCUGCCCAUCGAGAAGCUGCUGCUGGAAGAUGAAGACAAUGAUACGUACGUGUUAAGCCAUGCUCUCUCUGUGGAAGGGCUUUAGGUCGCACAUCUGGGG